AUUAUCUGCUUAGUCUGUGUUCAAGUGUCCAAUAAUCAUGAAGUGCAGGUCACUGGUAUGGCUACUACUGGCCGUUGGCGUGUGCGUCGGCGAAAAAGUACGAUUCGACAACUACCGAGUCUACGAUGUGUCCAUUGAGACUGAUGAACAACUCAAAGUGCUACAAUACUUGGAACAAUUCUCGGAUGGAUACUCAUUCUGGGACUCUCCGGUGCAGACCAAUAUGAAUCUCAAGAUGGUCGUUCCUCCUCAUAAGGUCGGAGACUUUGAAGAAAUGACGGGACGGCUCAAGAUGAAAAAUUCCCUCUCAGUGAAUAAUCUGCAAGAAUUGGUUGACAACGAGCAACCUAAGCGUAGGACACGUGAAGGAUUCAACUGGGAAACAUACCUUACGCUGGAAGAGAUGUACACCUGGUUCGAUGAACUGGUUGCACAGUACGGAGAUAUUCUCACUAUCGAGUCGUAUGGAUUCUCCCACGAAAAUCGCGAAAUGAAGGCUAUCAAACUGUCCAAAAACAGCGGUAAUCCAGGAAUCUUCCUAGAGUCCAAUAUCCAUGCUCGUGAGUGGAUCACUUCUGCGACAGCAACUUGGAUUUUGAACGAACUGCUGACUUCGACCGACCCGGCUGUUCAGAAUCUUGCCAACAACUAUGAUUGGUACAUUCUGCCAGUGAUCAAUCCCGAUGGCUUCGCUUAUUCCAAGGACGUCAACCGUAUGUGGCGCAAGAACCGCUACCCUCAUUCAAUUCUCUGCUACGGAGUUGACAUGAACAGAAACUUCCCUGGUCAUUGGAUGGAGGGAGGAGCUUCCAACAACCCUUGCAGCGAUACCUUCGCUGGACCAGUGGAGGGCUCGGAAAUUGAAACCCAGAACGUCAUGAACUACUUCCUACGGUACAAGGACCGCAUUGACCUAUACCUAUCGUUCCACUCGUACGGCCAGUACAUGCUAUUCCCAUUCGGCCAUACUGGCGCAGACAAGGCGGAUAACUACUACGACUGGAUGGACAUGGCUACAGCGGCUGCCAUUGCCCUAAGCCAGAAAUUUGGAACGCUGUACACGUUCGGAACGACGUCUGAUGUUCUGUAUAUUGCAUCCGGUUCGUCGCCGGAUUGGGCACAUGCCGUGCACAAUACCCCGAUUGCCGUAACGUAUGAGUUCCGGGACAAGGGAACCAAUGGGUUCAUCCUGCCAGCCGAUCAGAUCAUCCCCAACGCACAGGAGGUACUGGACUCGUUGGUUGCUUUCUUCAGCACGGGAAAGGAACUGGGAUACUUUCCAAACCGCACUGCGUGAACACAGCUAUGAAUAGCGCCGCGUCUAGUAGCGCAAACGCAGAUUAGAUAAGGCCACUGACUGGCACAUGCCAAAUCGCUCGAUAUAGGUGGUACUUCAAUUUGGCAUUAUUGGGAUUUUGAAUGUUGUGGAUGCAUUGUUUGAGACAAUAAUAAAAUCAGUGAUAACCGUUUAUGGCGUCAA